AUGUCACAGGUAGUAAAACUUUACAUUUAUGAUUUGUCUCGUGGUUUUGCAAGGACAUUUUCUAUGGGUUUAGUAGGAAGACAAAUAGAUGGAAUAUUUCAUACAUCUGUCGAAAUUUUUGGAAAAGAGUGGUAUUUUGGCCAACAAGAUCAAGGAAUAUUUAAUACUUCUCCAGUAAGGGCCCCACAAGAGAUUAUUGAUAUGGGAGAAACUGAAAUACCUGAAAAUAUAUUCUUAGAUUAUAUUGACGAAUUAAAGGAAAAAUACUCAGCUAAUAGUUAUCAUUUAUUUGAAAGAAAUUGUAAUCAUUUUUCAAAUGAUCUUUGCGAAUUUUUAACAGGAAAAUCAAUUCCAAAACACAUUACUGAUUUACCAAACGAUUUUUUGAGCACACCAUUUGGUCAACAAUUAUAUCCAAUGUUUAACAAUACUUACAGACAACCUUGA